AUGGCGGUGUGCAGAUUCUACCAGCAAGGCUACUGCAAGUUCGGCAACAGCUGUCGCUACGAGCACCCUAACGCCGGAGGCAACCGCAAUCAGUCCUCGAACCGCUUCGGCUCUCUGGGAGGAACCAACACGGGCACCAGUGACAGCGCGUUAUCGAAAUAUAGCAUAACCCCCGAGGUCAUUGAGAAGGACCUGACGUCUGACGCGCCCCAAUGGAUCCUGUCGGCGUAUGCCCCGGGGCGAGACGCUCCGGACCAGCUCUUUGGAGGCUAUCCGCGCGAACAGAGCUUCGAGGAACUCAGACUCCACUAUCUCAUGGGCAAAGCCUCGGGAAACGAACAGCAGGCCCUGAACGAAGCACAACAACUAUACCAAAAUGCGAAGCAGCAAAUGGAAAGCGCGGCGCGAAAUCCAAUGGAGGCGGCACGAUUCAUUGUCGAGGGAGAGAACCGACACCCGAACAGACAUGAUAUAUGCAGAGAGGGAACCCAGGGCGCGCCGUUUGGGGUCUUCGCCGUAGGAAAACGGUCAAACGCAGCCGCAAGCCCAUUUGGCGGGAACACGGCGAUGGCGACACAGACAACAGCGAGUGCCUUUGGCCAACCGACCGCUCUUGGACAACGGCCGAACCCUUUCGGCCAACCCUCACAGCCAGCGUUCGGACAGCCAACGCAGCCAUCAUCAGCGUUCGGACAACCGACUCAAACGGCCUCUGCCUUUGGUCAACCACAAGCGACGUCGGCCUUUGGCCAGCCGUCUGCUCUCGGGGCCAAACCUAGUCCGUUUGGUGCCCCGGCUUUUGGCCAGGCCCCUCAGCCAAACGCUCAGCCCAGUGCAUUUGGGCAACCGCAGGCGCAAGGAAGUGCUUUUGGCCAGCCUAGUCAGCUUGGUCAGAAGCCGAAUCCGUUUGGUUCUGCAACUGGCGCUGCCGCAGGUCCUUUUGGCGCAACAAACGCCGGCCCCUCUCCUGCUGCCAAUCCUUUUGCCAGCUCACAAGGGCCCAAUGCACCGAAUCCCUUUGGCUCAAACAUCUCGAACCAACCCAACAAUGCUCCCAGUGCAUUUGCUCAGCCGACCCAACCUGCAUCUGCCUCUCCCUUUGGACAGCCACCCGCACCCGCUGCCAAUCCAUUUGCGUCCGCAAACCAAGGCCCGACAGCCCCUGCCGCCAAUCCAUUCGGCCAACAGCCGCAACAACCUUCUCAGCCCAAUAACCCAUACCCUCCUAACAGCUCAAAACAGCAUCCUCCUAUCGAAAGCUAUAGCACAAGAACAAUGGAUGGGCGGCUCGCCACGUUCAAGGGAAAGCCGGUGACGUAUCAGGGCGGACAGCCUGGUAUCCGUGCCUUUGACGGUACUUGGACGCGGAUCUGGUUCCCUAAUGGUCCUCCAGGCUACAACAAGGAUACAGAACUGCCUCUUGAAGACUAUAGCGACGUGGUGAAGAAGCAGUGGGCUGCCUUUGCUCAGACAGGAGUAUUCGCCGAUGGGCUGAUGCCAGAGCUACCACCGCCGCGAGAAUGUACACAGUGGGAUUUUUAA